AUCAAACCUCUGGGCUCCAUGACAGCAGCUGCUGGUCAGCAAAACCUGUGCAUGCUGUUGUUGGCUGUAGAAACGGUCUGUUCCUGCGACAUAAAUAAGACGGUUUUGAGGAAUAAGAGACUAUCUUGCAUUAAGUGUAUUUAAACGAUUAAUGCGAGCAACUGAUGUAAAGUAUAAACCGUUUUAUCAUCUCCUCCUACCUAAAUGAUAGGGAGGCUUUCUAGCCCAGAGGAAAACAUUGAUUGCCAAUUAGAUUUGCAGUUCCUUUUUGUCCAUCAAAUAUACAGCAACUGAUGGCGACCAGUGCCAAGAGACCGUCCCUGCAGGGUCCUGUGCCACCUCCUCGCAAGAAGACAACCCCCAAACCGGAGCUGACCGAGGAGCAGAAGCAGGAGAUCAGGGAGGCCUUUGAGCUGUUUGACACAGACGGAUCCGGAUACAUCGAUGUCAAGGAGCUCAAGGUUGCAAUGCGAGCUCUGGGGUUCGAACCAAAGAAAGAGGAAAUCAAGAAGAUGACUGGUGAAGUGGAUAAGGAUGGCACGGGGAAAAUCUCCUUCGCUGACUUCCUCACUGUCAUGACACAGAAAAUGGCCGAGAAGGACUCCAAAGAGGAGAUCCUGAAAGCUUUCCGCCUGUUCGAUGACGACGAGACGGGCAAGAUCUCAUUCAAGAAUCUGAAGAGAGUAGCCAAAGAGCUGGGAGAGAACCUCACAGACGAAGAGCUGCAGGAAAUGAUAGAUGAAGCAGACAGGGAUGGAGAUGGAGAAGUGAACCAGCAGGAGUUCCUGCGCAUUAUGAAGAAAACCUGCCUGUACUGAAGGAAGCGCCUGACAUCAGGGUCGGUGAUGCGUGAUGUUGAGGGGACCAGUGAUGGUUUUACAUGUAAUGCUGCUUAUAUAUGAAAAUUUCCCUUUCCUUAAUAUUGUGUUGUGCCAUACAUUUUCACUUAAAAUUAGUCAAUCGAAAGGUUUAACGUUUACUUACUACGCUGACAGGAAACUGCUAAAGACUUGAGCACAAAGUCUGGUCAAAUGCUAAAUGAUCCUCCUUCGACUUACAUGAUAAUCUACAUUACAUUUGCCGACAACAGCAAGAGAGUACUCUAUUUCUUGUUUGGAAUGCUGCAUACUUUUAUGAAGACUACGUUGAUAAUAUUUAUGAUAAUAUGUAGGUUAUUUGUUGUCAAGAAAUUCUCAGUGCCUACGUCAAUAUGGUGACAAACACAGUACAUUCCAAUGCUUUGAUUGAUAAUACAGUGUGUGCAUUAAGUUUCAUUCAUCUGUAGAUUGUUUGGUUUACACUGGUAAAUCCAGUGUUUCAUGUUUUGGCUCUUGUAUGCUGGGGUUUCCAGAGAUCAGUGAGCAGUUGGUUAACCGCUGAUGUUUGGAGAGUGCUGUCUUACCUCAGUGCUACCUGUGGAUUUGUACCUGUGCCUCUUAAAGGGGGGAUCAUCACAAUCAGGGAAGCUGCCCGACCUCUCUGACCUGCACACCUUCCCCACGAGUCCCACUGUCUUUAAAAUAUGAUUGAUUGUGUAUUUUUCUGGCAGCAUUGAGUAUUUAUUCCUCUGUUGUGCAUAACUACUCUAUAUUCUUGAAUGUUUUGUAUAAUACAAAGUGUCAAAGUACAUAGUGACUUUAAUGAGUAGAUAUACAGCAUAUACGUGUUUAUGGUACAAAUUAAAUAUCUUGAAGCAG